CUCUGAUAAGUAUGCGUUUACAUGAAAUUGGUGAUAUAAAAAUGACAUACUGUAAACACCUGGUACGUGAAAAUGCUGGUAACCUGUCACCAAAGGGUGAAUAAAUAUUGUCAUAGAUUUUAAAAGGGUUACACUGGUUUGUAUUCGGAAACAGAGAGCCCAAUAAUGGCGGAUAAUAAUACGUAUCCUGAGGAGUGUGGAAUUCCCAGCAUGGCUAUGUAUUUCCACACAGAGCCGUGUCAAUACAUAUUAUUUCAAGCGUUCAAGACAUCAUCUAAUAAAGGAUUACUCGGAGGCUGUUUAUGCGUGUUCGUCUUUGCAUUUCUGUACGAGGGACUGAAGACUUUGAGGGAUUGUUGCUUUUUUUGGCUGCCGGUUAGACAUGUCAACCCCGUGGAACCAGGCACCAAGCAAAAAAUCAAAUGGACGUGGAGAGACAUGUUUACGUAUGGACACGUGCUGCAGGCCGUCCUCCACGUGGUACAGAUGCUAUGGAGCUACAGCAUGAUGCUGAUCUUUAUGACGUAUAACGCGUGGCUAUGUAUGGCCCUGUUACUCGGAGCAAUGCUUGGUUAUUUUGUGUUUGCUCCGGCAUCUACGUCAAAAGGUGACACCUUUGAGCACUGCCACUAAAACAAAUGAUGUUGUGCGAAUGACCAUACGUUCAUCAAACUUCAAACAAACACGAAAUGCAUGAUGUUCCGUAUUUAAUUUUACAGUCAACAUAUGAUGCUCUGGUAAAGGGAGGUCACCAAUAAAUACCAAAGUACUUUACUUCUUUAACAUUUG